GUGCAUAUUCGUUUUUUUUUUUGUAUGAGAAUUACUCUGCUAUCUUCUUGUAUUACUCUGUUUAUCAUAGUUCUGACAGUUCAUGCAGCUCUUAGUAGAAGAAUAUGAUCAAUCACUUUAAAAAAGAAUAGUAAAUAUCAGCCCAAUACUUUAGCGGUCGGUUGCCAAAGCUAUGGCCAUGUAUAGCCGGCAUCAUAUACAACCGCUGAAGACUACAGUCAUUAAAACCAUGAUAAAGUCUACAGCGGAUGCCAUUGUUGGCAUAGUACCUGUUAUUGAUUAUUCUUAUGAUAUUGAGUACUAUGGUACUAUUCAAAUUGCUUCUACUUUAUGUGCAUCUUGUACCCAUCUUACACAUUUUAAUUCUAGUGGCCUUGUUAUCAAGAAUCAAAAUAUUAGUUUAGCAGCCAUCAGUGAAUCUAGCACUUUCGCUGCCAGAGAUCCUAUGGAUGAUGUUCUGGGUCUUGUACAACAAAGAGAGCAGGUUCCUUUGAUGGUAUUCUUGAUACCGGGUACUACACUCUUACUCUUCACUAACUCCAUUGCUACUAAGACUGCCUCUGUUUAUGUUCCCGUCGAUUCUCUUAUCUAUGUUCAAUCUGGAUCUAUCCGUUACGCUAGUUUUGAUUAUGGUCACUUUGACCUUGCUAUCUUGGGUGAUGUCUAUUUCAAAGAAUAA